GCUUUCAGUUACAGAACGUUUUCCCUUAAUUCAGAAAAAUGUCAAGUCAAGACAUUAGGAAGGCACCAACUUUGCCAAAAUACUGUAGAAGAUGUAAAUGUCAUGACAUUAAUUCUACCUUAAAAGGUCAUAAGGCUUUUUGUCAAUUUAAAAACUGCGAAUGUUCAAAAUGUUGCCUCAUACCUCGAACGUCGAGGAAAACACGAUCCCAAGACGACGAAGUUAUCUUCGUCAAAACCAAAGUGCUUAACGGUAAAUGCAAUGAAGGUGAGUACUGACACUUUCUAUAGGAGUAGAACACCGCCUACAUAGAAACAAGGACUCUAAAUGAAACGCGAUAUCGAAAGUGCUUUUGUUUGAAUCCUCACUCAGAUUUUCCCUUCCUACCAAGCUCGUCGGCUUAUUUUGAAACCAUCUGCAUUCUUUGUUUUCUGUUUAGCCAUCGAUGAGUCUUGUCUCAAAUUAUUUUUAUAAUUGGAUGCUAAUAAUUCUUCCUGAAAUAUUGCCUAAAAAGAAUGAUACAAAAUGGGACUUGUAUUUCGAAUAAGUCUGGCUAAAUGAACUGUAGGUUAACUAUAGUAAUCAUUUGCUUAUUGGAGGUUAAAUAAUGUGAAAUAUUUGGCGUCUUCUUGAGUUCGGCUGAAAAGGCUGGGCAAGAUUUAAAGAAAGCAAACCGUCUAAGAUCGCGUUGAAUAAAUUUUAUGCAAGAGUUCAGGAAGCAUAACGACGAAUUGGUUUGCUAAGGUUGGUCAGACUCGGUUUAAUUUAUGAAUGACCGUUAAGAUUUCUUGAUUUUUGGCGGUUGCCUACGGGUACAUUUUUGACGGUUUGAAGGUUGAUGGUACAGCUAAACGAUUAAUAGCCUAGAUUCCACAGCCUUAAAGUGUGGUUCAUGUCGUAGAAAUGAAGUCACCUAUAUAGUCUAGAUCUGGAACACGUAGCUCAGUCUAUUUUCUUACCGGUUAAAGCAACAUCUUGAUAUAGGCUUGAUUUAUGUAGACAUGCAAAACAGUCUAGUACAUUCGAAAUGAUUACAUCAUAUCCUAUUUAAAAAUCAACAUGCGCGAUCAGGCGCACAGCGAGGUAGAUAACGGAACACUCUGAACUGAACUAAAACAUUACUCUAAACAUGUGACUGAAGGGGGUGUGCAAACGAACAAAUCUCUUGUUCAAGAAUCUUUAGAAGAAAGCAUUCUAAAAGGAAGGUUUUCUCAUUGUACGUCCUCGAUGAAGAUUUUAUCUCUAAAACGACAAACUCUCCUUUCUGAAAAUUUCGAGCAGGAAAUCAACAAGCCGAUAAAGUUAACACCAAUGAGGUUACAAGCACAAAUCAAGGUCAAAAUCAGCCAAUGGUAAGUAAGAAAGUGACAGUUAGAUUGCCGGUUUUCCUCUUUUUUUCAACUGAAACACUUAACUUUCUACUCAGCUAGUCAGAUGCAAAACUUAUGUUGUCGCAAAUUGAUCACUCGCAUAUUCAUGCGCUUCAUGCACACUGUUUUUUUCUAUUUUUAGUUCUCUCCAACUCCUCGGAAAUUUUCAGCUUGUUCCGCUGAAGUAUGAUCAUUUUGGCUCCACAGCACUAAAUUUAAAAGCGUUCAAACCCUACAUUGCUGAUUGUUCUUUACAAAUGACUUUAUUAUGUCGUUACUAUGCCUUUUCUUUCAAUCCUAUGACAAUUUCGAUUGCCGUUAUUCUUCAUUUUAUAACAAAUGGGUUAAGUCUGUUUUUUUUUUUUCAGGCAAAAGCAGGACUAGUCACGACAAGUACAGAUGUUCCUGAACAAAACUCGCCAGCGGUGAGUCAAAUUAAAGACAGGCGCGAGUGAUAGGUUCCAUUGAUUACUUGAAGAACGAUUCCCUGUAGACAAACAAGUCGAAAGCGUUCCUUACCAAAAUAUAACUAAAAUAAAAACUGAAAUUCUUAAAACGAGCCAAGAUAUCUUUACCUGUAGUUUUUCGUUCUCAGUCUAUAUCAGUCUUCUUACCAGUAACUUCAUCAUGUCUUUGGUAUUCGCGUAGUUUCUCGUGAUUAUCUUUUCUGGUUCUCUCCGCUGACAGUAGUUGGGUGCUUAAAAAAUAUCUUAGACAAACAGAGAUAAAUAUUUGUUGCACUUAAAUGUAAUUUUUAUUAAUUAAGGACCGUUAAAAAAAAAAAAAAAAAAAAAAAAAUCAGCAACCACCGUUACCUUCGAUAAUCUCAGCAAUAUUUACGCGUAUUUUCUAUUAUAGGGAAAGAUUUCCUUAAAAUGUGAGCAUUUCAAAUAAUAAACAAUAUAAAAAAGUUUGAUAAGAUUGAAACUUGGCAAAUUAUAGGAGGAAAUAUUCUUUUCUUCCUUAACUUUUGUUCUUUUCUCUCAAAUUCGUGUAAAUUUAGAUUCUUUGGCUUUUUCGGCAUAAGGAGCAGUAUAAAGAGGUUCUUAAUUUUUUGCAGGAACGAAUAUCGUUUGAUAUCGAUACAUUACUGCAUGCAUCAUGCAAAUUUUCCAAACAUUUCAAUAUUACAUGUUUAUCAUGCAAAUCGCAUGUAAAGGUUUCUGAAUGGAUUUAGGAGCUUUGAGUGUGUUGAACAGCUCCAAUGACCUCCAUAAUUUUUCUUCUGUAUGCCUGUGGCCUCGUCAACAAUGCUAUCUUGUUUUUCUGGGUUUAUUUUUCGUGGUCGACGCCUCACAGGCUUAACAGAAUUCUUUUAGUGCAGUUGUCUCUGAACACGUGGAAUAUUAUGGCACAUGCGGCAGUUGAGUUCUCACGGCAACAUUUUUGGAUUGUUUUAGCGAACAGUUUGUCUUUCUUUUCGAAUUACUUACUAGCCACGCUGGUUUUAUCGACAUCAUUGGGAAGAACUAUGGAACAACGCCUCAAGUCUAAAACGAACGUUGCAAUUUUUGUUUUAGUUUCGUCUAUAUUGUUGGUGUACUAUGGGCGUAAAUUUGAACUCUGUCAAACUGGGAACUGUUUUAGUCCACAUCUCGCCAAAACAGACGACGAACUGGCUAUUUUAAAGAGUGAAAUGACAAUGUUUUACGCUCCUUCAACUGUUAUCUUCUUCGGAUCGUGGUAUCGUGUUUUCCGUUCUUGUAAAAGAGCAGCAAAGAAGGAUCGUGCCAAGAACACCUUGAAAGAAUGUAUAGAACGUUUCUCUUUCUUUCUCUCGGACACUGCUGUCUCGUUGUUUUUACUUUAUGGUUUAAUAGUCAUUGAUGGAAUUUUGUAUUUGAACAAGGACAGUGAUAUCUCUAUGACCAAUCAUUUAUGUCGAAUGAGCUGUCUACAUGCAGAGCUGUUUGUUUUGUUGUCAAUGUUUCCAGUUUACAUGUAUUCUUUUAUGAGUCCAAAUGAUGUUAAACAACCAAGAGAAGAAAUUUUUUGACGAAGCAGAUAAUGAAGCUGAGAAUAAAAUGGCUAAAAAAUCAAAAGAAAAGCGUUUGAAAGCCCGCAUUGGUUUGAUUUCAUCAUUUAAAAACAUAAAAAAUAGAGCGGAAAUUCAUACAACAUUUUUAUCCAUUAUUUUUUCACCAGCUUGCCUUAAAAAAAAAAAAAGCAGAAAUGGGUAAAUGUACAAUAUGCAUGUUUGCUUUGGGUCGAAACCCGACAAUUUCCCUUUAACAGUCUGCAAUAAAACCAAAUCUUCAACAUGUUUAAAAUACUAAAAGACGAUAAAUUAUUAACAUAAAAUAGAGCGCUGUAUUUUUAUUCAUUAUUUUCACCAGCUUGCCUUUAUCACUGUUUUCUUCCCAUCAAACCAAAUCUUAAACAUGUUUAAAACCGAUUUUUUUUCUUCAUUAAAAAGCCGCCGCUGAAAUUUUUGGACAUUCAGUUUAUAACAAGUUAGUGGCCAUUUGAAACCGAUGAAAAAUUAAGUUUUUCAUCUCUCUGUUACUGAUUUCCAUUCAGUUAAAUCCGGUUUAGCUUAACAUGUUUUUUCUGGUGUGAAUAGGGUAUCUGGCUUUGAGAAUCACAGUGACGUCUGUAACCGAGAACAAUAGUGCUUCAGACUGUAUUUUCUCCAUUAAGUGAUGAAAAAAUACUGACUUGAAAUCUUUACAACUACCUAUUUUGCUGCUGUACUUUCUUACUUGCUUUUAUUUAUCUACCUUCCGUUGUUUCUUCAACUUCGGUCUCCAUUAUCAAGCUGUUCGCCAUUAAUAACAAGUGUAUCAGUUUUGAAUGAAAUAAAAAAUUCAAAUAAAUUGUGCAAUAAUAAUAAUAAUUUUGGUGGAACGAUAAAAAGCUGAUAUUACCGCAUCACUUGACAGGCUUUGAAUGAGGCUGUCAUGUGUUGCGUUACGAAAGUUCAACCUUAUGUGACGAGCAGCAUGUGACUGCAAGGCUGCCAGCAGUUCGUGAUAGGAUUAGAUCCUUUUGCUAGGGAUCAGUAAGCCUCCCUUGCAAACUUUGUAACUUUAGCUGGACGCCCUCUUUGCAUGACCACGUUACUCGUAAGCGAGCUGGCUGCCUUAAGAAGGAUAGCGGUUAGUGCAAAUAAGACUAUUAUACCCCAUCAUUCCAUGCGUACCCGGACGUCUCGAUCUCGGCUUCGGACAUGAUGGGUACUAGGCUUUAAAGGAAACGGCAAAAAAGUAGAUACGUUGAAAAAAAAAUUGAAACGAUUUAAUACAAGUUGCAAUAGUGAUUUUUAUCUUACGAUUACAUCAUCGUACCUAAUAUCUGUUUCUUGUAUUGCAGGCUACACAAGAAGCACGCGCAAAGAUUUUGCAACUUGUCAGAGAGUUGCACGAUCUUAAGGAAUGUGGUGCGUUAAGCAACGAAGAGUUUGAAGAAAAAAAAGGGGUCAUUUUGAGGGAUUUUUAAUGAAACUGCAGUCUGAGAAAUUUACGUUACGUUGUGAUUUCAGCAACAAUUUAACGUUUUCGCUCGACUUCUCUAUAAUUAGAUUUGAUUAAUAAGUAUAUUGUAUUAAUAGAAAAAAAAAACCAAACAGUAAACACCGUUUUCCCCUAUUUCCGUUCAAUUCCUUUGUUUUCACCCCAAAUAACUCUAACCUUUUUCAAUAUCCUUUGAAGAUUCGAGUUAUGGGGAUUCGACUGUAGUCCUAUAUUGACCUAGCUUCAUCGGAUACAAGGCUUCAAGUGGGGCAAACUUGAAUCAUGCAGAUAUAAAAAUAAGAUAUAAACCCUUUACGUUCUACUAGUGACCAAGACAGAAUUUCUCCUUACAUUAUCAGUACAAUAUCAAGCAGACAAGUAACGAGAAUAAAGAAAAAUAUUAAUUAGGGGAUUAUUGGUUGAUCCAAUUCCAAACUAACAUCAAAUAAAUUGUGAGGUAGGCAGUAAAGAGCUAGAAUUACCGACGAAAUCUUGGGAGUUUGAGGCUUAACUCUCUCAGUAAUUGUAAACGCGGUUGUGACGUUUUAGUUUCGCGCACAUUUUUUAGAGAUAGUUUAUCAAAG